AUGUAUCUGAAAUAUCGAGAAUUAAAAUCAUAUUUCCGGCAAGCUAACAUUUCCGCACUUUAUAUAAAAGCGAGCAGAACAAAUUUGUUGAUUGGGCUCGCCGCAUUGACAGCUUAUCAAUUGGCAAUUAAUUUUCCGGCUACAAAAAUCAAUCAUGUGGCUCUGGUAGGUAACAAAGUUGCUCUGGUUCUUGCAAACAUCUAUAUUUGGUGUCAUGCAUUUCUUUCACUCAAAAUUCAAGAUGCAAAUAUUCCCAGAUGGAUUCUUUUCCUUAUCAGAAUCUGUCUAGCAUUCGUAGUCUUUUCUUUGGCAGCUGCCAUGAUCCAAGCCAAUUGGGUGCCAGACCCAGCCAAACAGUACGUCGCAAUUGAUGCAAUUUACGAGUGGUGCUGCUAUUUUGCUUUCUCUAUUUUCCUUCUAACUGAUUCCUACGAGUUCCGGUUUAUGGUAUUUAAACCUCCAAAACUCAUCAUUCGAGGAUGUACCGGAUACAACGAGAGAGUCUUUGAAUCUAGCGAUGUUUCGGAAGAUGAAGAUAUUCUACCUCCUUUUUCUCAAAUAUUCGGAAUCGCUGUCUUGAAGAAUGAGAAUUUCCUUCUCCCAACCCGCCUAAUCUCUUCUACAAAAGAUCUAGAAGAAGACUUGAGUGAUGUGUCUCUAGAAGAAGGAAUCGUCGAAGAAGAGGAUAUCGACGAACUGAUCAAAAUAGAGCUCGAACUGAUAAAACGAGAUGAGCCAGAGAAACAAAGACACCAACAGAAGUCGACAACUCUCGGUGCAUUGGAUCAUUUGGCAGAUGGAUUGGGAUACGAUAUCGAUGGAAGAGAUCGUCCGGAUGAUGCUCUAUUUGAGUCGAUAAACGAAGCAGCAGCGUUUUCUCCGUUGAUUUUCUGUGGCGAAUCUCAUGAAAUGGAGUGCAUUGCUCUUUGGGAUUAUUUCGGAGGGAAUGGUUAUGAUGAUUUGAAUGUUCAUGCUGGAGAUUUGAUCAAUGUGGUUGCAGAGGAAUAUCAAGUCCGAGUUAUCGACCAAAACACCUACAUGCGACUGCCAUUUCAGUGGUCUUUGGGUCGAUGGAUGACUGAACGGAAUGUGAAUCCCUAUCUCGGUUUAAUUCCUUCUCAUUACAUUGUCUCCAAACAAUUCUAUGAUGAACACCCGCUUCUAUUCCAAUGGCCUGUAUGGUAUCAUGGAAGUGCAGAGGUACACGAAGUGGUUCACAAGUUGUAUAGCGAUCGGUCAGCUUUGUGUCCUGGAUUGUUUGGGAUUUUCUCUCCUGCAUGGCUCAAUAUCGAUUUGGAUGAGCAUCGCUGUUAUUUUCUGGUGAUUCUAAUUGAGAGGGAUAAGAAACAUGAUGAUGAGUUGAAGCAAUUGAUUGAGAUUGAGAGAGGAAACUAUGGAAUCAUGGUGAAUGCAAUCAACCACUUCUUCGGAGAGAUGAUUCCAGAAAACUCUCAGCCUGAAAAGUCGGCAAAAGUUCAAUAUAUUGAGUUCAUGUCAGAAAUAGAAACAACCCCGUUUGAACCAGCGGUCGUCCCAAUUCAUCGUUCCUCGCUUGGUCAUUACGAACUAAUGGGAGAAAGAUACGAAACACUCUACGAUCUGGUCCAUCACCUCUCCACCCACCGUUCUGCCCUCCCUCAUAAACUGGUAUACUGUAGAUCUUCUCCUCUGGUUGUUGGACAGAAUGUUGUUCCACCUCCAACUCUUCGAUUCCGAAAAGACUUGCGAUGUCAGCCAAUGAUAACUGAGCAGUGGGCUGCAACUCAUUUCGAUGAGGUGACACGAAGAUUCGAAGGAAGUGAGAAGACACUUUUUGCCACAAAAACUCUCUUCGAUGUUGGAAAACCGAGUCAUAAGGUAAUAGAAGGACAGCUGAGUCUUCGAGAAUCUGAAAAGGAUAUCAUGGCUUCUUAUCUCGCAAAACUUGACAUACCAAGAUCUCCAUCAGAAGACAAAGUCAGUGCUGCAAAGAAGAAAUAUCCACCUCACGAGACCUCAAUUCGAAUCAACUCUCCGUUUUAUAUCGACUUGAAGCAGAUAGAAUCCGCGAGAGAUUCUCUUGGAAAAGGAGCAUUUGGGCAAGUGAAUAAAGGAAAAUUGAUUCGAAACUCGGGCGAAAAAGUUCCGGUAGCAGUGAAAAAAUUGCAGUUGAGAGAGAAUGAGAAGGAUGAGAGAAAUCCUGCAUUUACAGAAAUGGAGAUUUUGGAGAUGGUAUCCCAUCCAAACAUUGUUACUUAUUACGGUUUCUCAAUGAUGUGUAGUGGAAUGAAUGGAGUUUCCGGUGGAAUCCAACUCUUUUUGAUUUUUGAAUUGAUGGAUGCCUCGUUGGAUAAAUUCAUUGAAAAGACUGAUGCGAUGCUCUCGGAAAACGAACGACUGGAUAUUUUGGCUCAAAUCUGUAGAGGCAUGAGUUUUUUGCACACUCGAACACCGCCAGUGGUUCAUGGAGAUCUUGCGGCAAGAAAUGUUCUUAUCAAGAAACAUCCGGUUUAUACCAAAAAACACAUCUGCAAAAUCACCGAUUUGGGUUUGGCAAAAACAUGUCUCGAUGAACUCCAUACAGACUACGAUGAUCAGCAAAAAGUGCCAUUCAAAUGGUUGCCUCCAGAAGUUCUGUCGACAAGAACUCUAUCUUUACAAACGGAUAUUUGGGCAUUUGGAAUAACUUGCUUUGAAGUUUGCAGCAAGAUGGGAGAGCCAUAUGGAUGUAUUCAAGCAUCGAACCUUUAUCAGUACUUGAAUGAUGGGUAUCGUCACGAUAUAUUGAAGGAUAUGUCAGCUACUAUCUAUGAUAUUGCCUUGGAUUGUAUGAGGCAUUAUCCAUCUGAUAGACCAUGUUUCGAAGAGCUAGUUGAUCGAUUCCUGGAUCACAUGAUUGAAACUGAAGGAGAGGAUGAUGUGAAACGAAAGGAACGCGAAAAGAUUACGGCGGAGAAGAAUCGAAAGGAAAGAAUGAGAAAGAAUCAUGACAAAUUGCAUCAAUGA